AUGGAUCUAUAUGUAGCAUUGCUGUGUUUCACUGCUGUCACUUGUUAUCUACUAUGGUUUACCUUCAUUUCCAAGUCAUUGAAAGGCCCACGUGUUUGGCCCGUGUUGGGCAGCUUGCCAGGCCUUAUCGAGAACUCCGACCAGAUGCACGAGUGGAUAGCCGAUAACCUCCGCGCAUGCAGAGGCACGUACCAGACAUGUAUAUGCGCAAUACCCUUAUUGGCCCGGAAGCAAGGCCUUGUGACCGUCACUUGCGAUCCUAAGAAUUUAGAGCACAUUUUGAAAACCCGGUUUGAUAAUUAUCCGAAAGGUCCAACUUGGCAAGCUGUUUUUCAUGAUUUACUAGGCCAGGGGAUUUUCAAUUCGGAUGGCGAGACAUGGCUUGUUCAAAGAAAGACGGCAGCCCUUGAGUUUACCACGCGGACCUUACGUCAAGCUAUGGGUCGGUGGGUGAACCACGCCAUCAAGAAUCGGUUUUGUCGGAUUCUCGAGACAGCUCAACUUGAAGCCAAGCCGGUUGAUUUGCAAGAUCUAUUGCUUCGGCUCACUUUUGAUAACAUAUGUGGCUUGGCUUUUGGGAAGGAUCCGGAAACUCUUGCGCUAGAGAUGCCAGAUAAUAGCUUUGCCUCGGCAUUUGACCGAGCCACAGAGGCAUCGCUGCAGCGCUUCAUUUUUCCUGAAGUUAUAUGGAAACUGAAGAAAUGGCUUCGGCUCGGAAUGGAAGUCAGCUUGAGCCAAAGUCUCGUUCACGUGGACGAGUAUUUGUCCGACAUCAUCAAGACACGUAAGCUCGAGCUGAUGCAUAAGCAAAAAGACGCUAAUGCACAUGAUGACUUGCUAUCAAGAUUCAUGAAGAAAAAAGAAUCCUACUCGGACAAAUUCUUGCAACAUGUGGCACUCAAUUUCAUCCUAGCUGGACGCGACACGUCAUCGGUUGCACUGACCUGGUUCUUCUGGUUGGUCAUGCAAAACCCAAGAGUUGAAGAGAAAAUUAUAUUCGAAAUAUGCACCGUUCUGAGUGAGACACGUGGAAUCAACAUGGAUUCUUGGGUUGACGAGCCUUUAGUGUAUGAAGAAGUUGACCGUUUGGUAUACCUAAAAGCAGCAUUAUCCGAAACACUCCGAUUGUACCCUUCGGUACCCGAGGACUCCAAGCAUGUAGUGGCAGAUGACACGUUGCCAGAUGGUACGUUCGUCCCGACUGGGUCAUCGGUUACAUAUUCGAUAUAUUCGGCUGGGCGAAUGAAGUCCACUUGGGGUGAGGACUGCCUAGAGUUCAAGCCAGAAAGAUGGUUAUCCCCUGAUGGCAAGAAGUUCACUAUGCAUGACUCUUACAAGUUUGUCUCCUUCAAUGCUGGUCCAAGAAUAUGUUUAGGAAAGGACUUGGCUUACUUACAAAUGAAGUCCAUAGCAGCAGCUGUGCUUCUCCGCCACCGGCUGACAGUGGUGGCAGGCCACAAGGUGGAGCAAAAGAUGUCAUUGACAUUAUUCAUGAAGUAUGGCCUCAAAGUGAAUGUGCAUCCAAGGGAUUUAACGUCAAUAGCAUCAAGUAUUAUGAAAGAAGCAGUUGUCACUAAUAAUGAAAAAUGUCAUACAGGUGGCGACACCGUUGGCAUUGACCGUGGGAUUGGUGUUGAUAUGGUGGUUGGAGUAAUCUAA